AAUGCCAUUUGUACUUAAAAUAAUCGGAAACAGUUGUCUCCCUUUGAAAAUGAAUGCCAUUUGUAAAGAAAUAAAGAUAAACAAUUGCUGAAAACUGUGUUCCACCUUGUUAUGCGAAAUUUCACCACUCGCACGCUAUUGCAAAUGCAUCAAAACGAACAUGUGUAACUGUUCUUUGAAAAUGGCCAACGUAUGUUGUGUUCAGUAUGUGUAAAGCACCAGAGAAGGCCAAAGAAGUGUGUUCCUGGUAGAGCUGAGUGGGUUGACAUUCCAUGUACCUCAAUAAGGCGAUCAUCUUUAGUAUUUCAUAAGGACUCAGACUCACACAAGAAAGCAUUGGUAUUUGACGUUGCGGAAGCAAAAACAGAUGGUGUGAUCGAGGCUUGUUUUGUGAGGGAAGAACAUGUGAACCGUGAGGCAAUGACAGCAUCUAUGACACUGCUUUACUUUCCGUGUAAGGAGGAAAUUCCCCACACCACCAAACACAAACCUUUAGUUGAUGUAGCUAAGACAUUAGGAGUGGAUGUUCUAAAUAGUUUGGAGAAAGGGGAUAAUGCCAAGUACACAAAAUUGAUAAGUUUAUGUUGUCAUUCAGCAAAUAAAUUCCACAGGAAUAGAAGACUGAAACUUUAAUGUGCAGUGCUAAAAUUGUGUUGUUUUAUGUAAAAUAAAUAGUGAACAUUUUCAGAAACUUAUAUAACUGGAUAAGUUUACAUUGUCAUUCAGCAAAUAAACUCUAGUGGAAUUUUUUAUGACACAUUAUCUCUAUUUGUUCUUGUUGAGCAUGUAAAUGAUGCUUAUUAAACAUUGAAAAUAACACUGUGUUUUUCACUCUGAAAUGCACCAGAAUGCACCAAGAUGAGUUGUAGUAAUACAAAAUUUUCUGGGGGUGUCCCCCCAUACCCCCCCAGCAGGAGCGGGUACCCCUCCCGCACCUACCCCAUUGUUGUCCAUGCUCUUUUCAAAAAUACCCUUCAGCAACAUGCCUACAGAA